UAAAGUGAUAAAAAAUAGGCAUGUUUACAACUCCACACCAUAUAUGAUAGCAGGUAGGAAACUGCGACCUUUAAACACGUUACAAACUGCAGAAAAAGAGACAUAUUUCGGUGUUACAGGCUCCUCAGAUACCACAAAGAACAGUUUAUUGAAACUCCGCCCUUGAGCCUGAGUUGACCGACUUGUUUCAAGAUCCCAACGCGGUUUUAGGUCCGGGUGGAGGGUCACAGCAGGCGCUCCUACACGUGUGUACACUCGAAAACCGUCCGGAACAGCUUGAAUUCAUUCAUGAAAUUAUCUGUCACUAAUUUAUUGAAACUUUAGCCUACAUAUUUGAGGCGUAAACUCGACCUGUUGGAGUAACUCGGGAGGAAAUGCCGCGUAAACUGGAAGUUGUGAAGCUCUCAUUAGUUUCGUGUUAACUGUACUGUUGAUUUGAAGCAUAUAUUUUUUUGAUUUAACUUUUAGGUGAAAACAUGAAACUGUAAGUGCUGUGUGUCGUUAAAAGCGCUGAAUGUUUAGUGUUAACGCUUAGAACAGGGCGACUUUCAGUUGCAUGUGGAUUAACAGACAGCAGUUGAGCGUGAACUUUAUACUCCAUGAGUAUAUUUAGCAGCCUGGUUUAAUAUGAGUGAGAAACAAGCCUUAGGAGACAGUAAUCUUGACGACCAAAGCAAGGCAGACUUGGAGAACCAUGUCAAACUGGAGGAGGGUGACGCGGAACUGCGCGCCGAUGAUCCGAGCCCGCUGGACGGACACGAAGCGUUGAGACCCACCCGCCUGUACAAACGGCGCUGGAUGAUCGUCCUCCUGUUCAGCUCCUAUUCUCUGUGCAACUCCUUCCAAUGGAUACAGUACGGCAUCAUCAGCAACAUCUUCAUGAAGUUUUACGACGUGGACGCCUUCACCAUAGACUGGAUGUCCAUGAUCUACAUGCUGACAUACAUUCCCUUCAUCUUCCCCGUGACCUGGCUGCUGGACAAAAAGGGACUCCGGGUCAUCGCGCUGGUGGCCACUGCGCUCAACUGUGCAGGCACCUGGAUCAAAGUGGCCAGCGUCAGACCCAACCUGUUCGCCGUCACUUUCCUGGGGCAGUUCUCCUGCUCCUUCGCGCAGGUGUUCAUCCUCGGGAUGCCGUCCAGAAUCGCGUCGGUGUGGUUCGGAUCGGAGGAAGUGUCCACCGCCUGCUCCAUCGGAGUCUUCGGUAAUCAGCUGGGUAUUGCCAUCGGGUUCCUGGUGCCUCCCAUCCUGGUGCCUAAUGUGGACGACCUGGACGAGCUGGCUCACCACAUCAGAAUCAUGUUCUACAUCACAGCAGGAGUGGCUACGUUACUCUUCAUCCUCGUUGUCUUUGUCUUCCAGGAGCGUCCUAAACUUCCUCCGACUCAGGCCCAGGCCACAGCUCGUACCAUCCCACCGGAGCAGUACUCCUACACGGCCUCUAUCCUCAGGCUGCUCCGCAACAGGCCCUUCAUCCUCCUCAUCGUCACUUAUGGUUUGAACGUGGGCUGUUUCUAUGCUGUUGGAACCCUGUUGAACCGGAUGAUCAUCGAGCAUUACCCUGGAGAAGAGGUGAAUGCUGGGAGGAUUGGCCUCACCAUUGUCAUUGCGGGGAUGGUCGGCUCCCUGAUCUGUGGCGUUUGGUUGGACAAAACUAAAACCUACAAGCAGACCACUCUUGCAGUCUACUUCAUGUCUCUGGUGGGGAUGAUCGUCUAUGCUGCUACACUCAGUCUGGGACACCUCUGGGUGGUCUUCAUCACCGCUGGAGCUCUCGGGUUCUUCAUGACGGGCUACCUGCCGCUGGGCUUUGAGUUUGCUGUCGAGCUGACGUACCCAGAGUCAGAGGGAACAUCAUCCGGACUCCUCAACUGUUCGGCACAGGUGUUUGGCAUUAUAUUCACCAUCUGCCAGGGGAAGAUUAUCGACAGCUUUGGCACACUGGCAGGAAACAUCUUUCUUUGUGUUUUUCUUCUAAUCGGCACAAUAAUGACAGGAUUAAUUAAGUCUGACCUGCGGAGACAAAAUGCAAACCUGUUGGCCAAAAAAGCAGAAGCGGAGGGGCAGAUGUCGGGACAAGACUACGGAGCCACGGCGUUAAUCUCCCAGACGCAGACUCCUCCUGCACAAGCCUGAUCAUAAACCUUUCUGCUUCCACAAAAAAAAUCUCAAAUCUUAGCUCAACACGCAGACGCACAAAGGGACCCUCCGACUGCCACAACGGGAGCCUGGCUGCAUCGUCUGUCAUCGAAGAAGCCAAGUUUUAGAUGCAACACACACACACACACACACACACACACACACACACACACACACACACACACACACACACACACACACACACACACAAGCCUUAAAAACGUCCAUGAUCUCCUUCCUGUUACAGUGUAACAUACUGAGAUAGAACAACACAAUCAGGAAGUCUUUAGACCCACUUCCCUUCUAAGAAGAGUUAGAUGUACAGUGUGGUAUUAACUAUUUAUACAUUUAAAAAGAGCUAAAAAUGCUGAAAUAAAUUUGAUGUUUUAAUUUUGAUGUUUAUUGCACAAUUUAAAAAAAAUCAAUUUGAGAAAUAUUUUGUUUUAUUUUGAAGUGUAAAUUGAAGGCGCUCACUAAAUCUGCAAGACAAAUCUGUGAAAUGUUUGUUUGUGCUUUGACAAUUUUGCCCGUCAGUAUUUUUAAGAAUACAGUUGAUUAUGUACAGCUAUAUAGAUACAGCCUCCGCAAUGACGAGACACUAAAAAGUUAACCCUGUAAAUACCUCUUUCAUGUUUUACUGAGUGAUUUUGGUAGAAGAUCUUUUUGAUUACAAUAAUUUAUACAGCAGCAUAUUAAUGGCAGUCCACAGUAAGGGAUGAAAUAUUCACGACACACAGUUGUGUGAUAUUUUUUGUAACACCAUUCAUGUUUACUUAUUUAACAUGAAAUAAAACUGUUUCAUAAAGUUUCUUUUCGUCA